GGAGCUGGUGCCGGAGCGGGAGUCGGAGCGGGAGCCGGAGCGGGAGCCGGAGCGCAGGCCUUGCGCGAGCCAAGCCGACCUCGCCGCUUGGAGCGGCUGGAACGCGGGUCGGUGCCGGCCGCAUCUCCUAGGCACUGUGGGAGGCAGCAAUCAGCGACCGCCGACCCCAGACCCUCCCAGCUCCUGGGUACCCGGAGCCGUGGUCGCCCGGACCAAGGCCUCGUCACGGCCUGAGCACAAAGGAGGUCGAGGAGUCGGGAUCUCCGCCCGAUCGGCCUGGGGACGGCGGGAGAAAGGACCGAGGAUUCCAUCCGGGAGCGCGGUGUGAGCACGGGCCGGGGAGCGGCGGGGAGACUUCGCUUAGCACCGGGCGGCGGCGGUGCCCGGAGCUCACCAGGCCAAAACCAACCAACGCACCAACCAAAAAAAACCCGACCAGAAAACCCCAAACGGCCGGGCAUCCAGCAGCCACGACCUGGGCUGUGCCCCGGCCCAAGCUGCGCUGUCAGCCCGACACCCCGACCUUGGCUGGGCCCCCCCCCACCCCCGACCUGCCUGAGAGGCGCCCGCGAUCCGGCCGGGCCCCGAGCGGAGAUCUGCCGGCCCUGCGCUGGGCCCUGAAGACCUGCCUCCUGCCCCAGCCCCACCGGUGCGCAUGGGCCGCUGCCCACCCGAGUGCCAUGAAGGCAGGAUGACCUCAGCCGAAGCCGCGGAAGGGCCCGGAAGGGCCCGGGAGGCUGGCCCCCCCACGUGGUCCCCCGGCACCCCCCAGGUCCUCCGGAGGCCUGGCCGGGCCCGGGUGGCUGUGGCAGCCGUGGUGUGGGUGCUGGCAGGAGCCAGCAUGUCAAGCCUGAACAAGUGGGUCUUCACGGUGCAUGGGUUCGGGCGGCCCCUGCUCCUGUCUGCCCUCCACAUGCUCGCGGCGGCGCUGGCCUGCCACUGGAGGGCACGGCGCCCCAUGCCGGGGGGCGCCCACCGCCGAGUCCUGCUGCUCAGUCUCACCUUCGGCACCUCCAUGGCCUGUGGCAAUGUGGGCCUGAGCACCGUCCCCUUGGACUUGGCACAGCUGGCCACCACCAUGACGCCCCUCUUCACGCUGGCCCUGUCGGCGCUGCUGCUGGGCCGAAGACACCACCCCCUUCAGUUCGCAGCCAUGGGGCCGCUCUGCCUGGGGGCAGCCUGCAGCCUGGCCGGGGAGCUCCGGGCACCUCCCGCCGGCUGUGGCUUUUUGCUGGCAGCCACUUGCCUGCGAGGCCUCAAAUCCGUCCAGCAGAGUGCCCUGCUACAGGAGGAGAGGAUGGACGCGGUGACCCUGCUGUACGCCACCUCGCUGCCCAGUUUUUGCCUGCUGGCGGGCGCUGCCCUGGUGCUGGAGGCUGGCAUGGCCCCGCUGCCGGCGCCCGCUGACUCCCAGCUCUGGGCCUGCAUCUUGCUCAGCUGCUUCCUGUCUGUGGUUUACAACCUGGCCAGCUUCUCCCUGCUGGCCCUCACCUCGGCCCUCACCGUCCACGUCCUGGGCAACCUCACCGUCGUGGGCAACCUCAUCCUGUCCCGGGUUCUAUUUGGCAGCCAACUCAGCACCCUCAGCUAUGUGGGCAUUGUACUGACCCUUUCUGGAAUGUUCCUUUAUCACAACUGUGAGUUUGUGGCCUCUUGGGCUGCCCGCCGGAGGCCGUGGCACAGAGACCAGCCUGGCAAGGGUCUUUGAGACAUUGGGGGGGUGGGAGGGGUCAUAAGCCAAACUUGGGCCGGGCCUAGCUUGAACCUAACCAAGGCCAUGGAGAAGGUACAGAGCAGGUAGCUGCUAUUUGGGGCUGAAGGAAGAGAGGCCACUUCUGGAAGAGCUGCUUGGAGGUUCUGGGCCAGGCUCUGACAAGGAGAGCCAUGCGCCAUCCCUGCCUCACCCUGUCUAGACUCCACCAACACUGGAUGGCUGGCCUGGGCACUGGGCUGCGUCUGUACCUCGUCAGGAUUACUAGCCACUAAGCUGAAAAACCUUCACAUGUCUGGACAAUGACAGUGUCUUCUGGUAUUGUACAAUCCCUCCCCAGGGGAGGCAGCAAGGGGGUCCCAGGGAAUGGGCAUCCUCACUGCCCAGCUCCCCCAAGGCCUUCAGGGUGGUCUGGGUCAACUCCAGGCAGCAGCUGCUGCUGCAUUCUUGGACCAUCCAAUUUUAAGUCUUCCAUCCUCAAAUAAACUAUUUUUGCUUGAA